UGUUAAAAGUUAAACGCACUUUUUACUUUUUAGUUAUUUUAUAGCAAUAGCCAUUAAUCAUAAAUCAUAAGUUGACAACGUACAUCGUAAUAAUUAACCGUAAUUAACUAAUAUUAUAUUAUAAAUUUAUACUCCGCCUCUUACGCUGUGUGGCUUGUGUCUGUUUCUUUAAUUUUUUUGUUAGUGUACAAUAAUAUUAUUGUUAGUGUUCAAUUAAAUUAUUACAAUGUUUGUGUCUUAUUGUGUUAGUUAUUCUUCACAUUUUCACAGUCCAGAGUAAAAUUGUUUCGUUUCCAAUGCCUAUAUUUAGUAUAUUCGACCAUUUGGCUACAUAAAAUAUUAUAUACUUUAGACUUGCAGACUGCAUUAUUAUUAACAAAACAUUAGUGACUAUUAAAGUGUGAAUUAACCUAACGCUAAUCAGUAAUCUACCCGAGUGUUGAUAGUGUACAGUGUACGGAUAUCUCGUAAUAUUUAUUUAAACAUCAUUCAUUAAAUAUAUCUUGGUCACUCGAGGAACGGCAGGACCAUUUGUCGACAUUUGUGUAUGGUGUAUGGUGUAUCAACAUUUAAUUAGGUAUUUCAAUGUCAUAAAAGGUAUAUAAAUAAUUAUUGAAUUAUACCUGCAGAACCAUCACUAAUUUGGUCCAUUUGUCGAUAAUUACUGUCAAAGAUUUGAAGUAGACUAUAACAAUAUACCUAAUAUAACAAUUGGUAUCAUGUCCGUUACCGAGAUGGAUGCUGUACAAAAUCAAGCUCCGCCAUUUAAAAGAACUGAGCCAAAAAAAUAUAUAAAUGACUCUCACAUGGUUGGAGUAUUUGAAAUCCUACAGUCUUUACGCAAAAAUGAAGUGUUAUGUGAUAUUAAAUUGAAAACAGAUGAUGGGACAAUAGUAUUUGGACAUAAAGUUGUUUUAGUGUCAGCUAGUCCUUAUUUCCAUAAAAUGUUAACUAGUUUUUAUGAAAGCGAUACUGCAGGUCUUGUUCAUAUAUCAGAAUUAGAUUCCACUGCUUUACAACUCUUAGUAAAUUAUAUUUAUACUGGCGAAAUUGUGGUAACCGAAGAAAAUGUAAAGGUAUUGUUAGCAGCUGCAAAUAUCCUACUGUUAGACUAUGUAAAAAGUGCAUGUGCUGAGUUUUUACUAUCACAAAUGGAUCCUUCAAAUUGUCUUAGCAUCAAAUCAUUUGCUAACUUACAUGACUGUAUUGAAUUGUUGUCAAGUUCUGAAGCAUAUAUUAAAAAAAAGUUUUUAGAAGUUGUUAAAUAUGAAGAGUUUUUAUCUCUAUCUUCUGUUGAAGUAAUAAAGCUUAUUUCCUGUGAUGACAUUUAUGUUCCAAAAGAAGAAAAAGUAUAUGAAUGUGUUAUUAAUUGGGUAAAACAUGAAUUGGGUUGUAGAAAAGAUUUUUUUCCUGAAUUAAUGGAAAAUGUACGUUUGUCAUUAACAUCAAAACAGUAUUUAUUAGAAAAAGUUGUUGAUGAACCUCUUCUUAAAAAUAGUCCUAAAUGUAAAGAUUAUGUCAAUGAAGCAUUACAUUUUCAUCUACUUAAGUCAGUACAUCCUUUCACCAAUCCACAGACAAUCUGGAGUAAACCUAGACAGUUUGGUGAUUUACGAGAAGUUAUUCUUGUAUCGUGUUGGACAGAGUCCACAAAAAAGGGUUCUAUAUACUGGUAUGACCCUGCAACCAACAUAGUACAGAGAGCACUAGAUAUGAGAAAAGGAUGUAAGCCAGUUUGUCUUGCAUUAAUAGCAGAUAAAUUUGUAUUUGCUGUAGGAAGUAAUACAUUAAAUUCUCGGUCCGUUCAAAUGCUUGAUUUAUCUUCACAAUCCUCUUGUUGGGUACACUUGGAUGAUAUGAUAAAUGGUCGAAAAAACUUAGGUGUUGGUGCGAUAGAUAACUGUUUAUAUGCUGUUGGCGGAUUUGAUGGUUCUAGCAGUUUAAACAGUGUGGAGGUUUUUGAUGUCAGUGUUCAAGAAUGGCGAAUGGUUUCUGGUAUGUCCUGUAAAAGAAGUAGAUUUGGUGUUGGAGUACUCAAUAAUCAUUUAUAUGCGGUAGGUGGUCAUGAUAGUUCAUCAAAGCAAAUUUUGAGAUCUGUAGAAUGUUAUGAUCCCAAUCUUGAUACUUGGACAUUAGUUGCUGAAAUGUCUAUUUGCCGCUAUAAUUUUGGUAUAGGAGUCAUAGACGGUGUUAUGUAUGUUGUUGGAGGUCAUGAUGGAUUAAAAACUUGUAAAAGUGUCGAAGCGUAUAUAUUAGCUGAUAAAGUUUGGACCACUAUUCCUGAUAUGCAUGUUGCCCGUCAUUGCCAUGGAGUAUUCACUUUACAUGGUCUAUUGUAUGUUAUGGGUGGAGUAGAUGAUGAUAAAACUGUUUUGGAUUCGGUAGAAAUGUAUAACCCCUUUACCAAUACAUGGAAGAUAAUGGAAUCCAAAUUCAAAUAUAUGAAUCUAAUUAAUGCUGGAAUAGUUGUUAAUGAGCAACCACAUUUUAAAACAGACUACUGAUUAGCAUAAGCCAUAAUAAUGGUUUGAUGGUUGGUAGUUAAAAUACAAUCAAGUGUAUUUAUUAAUUUAUGGUAAAACAUUGUAUUAUUCUAUAAAUUUAAAUUUUUGUGAAUGCUGAAUAAAUGUUUUUUUUUAUAAUUUAAAAUUACUAUUAUUGAAUCAAAUGAACAAUGCAGUGAUCUCUCACUAACGCUUGUUUAUAUAAAAUCUAUGUGACUUAACAGAUACACGGUAGAGUCUAGGAGGUGGAUAGUAGGUACUGGUAUAGGUGUUGUUAUUGCCAAAAUGUAAAUGCGUGACAUUUGGCAAUUAUGAUAUAUAAUUUUGUUUUCGCACUUUUUGGCGAAAGGAUUUUAUCGGACACAGAUAAAUCUUAUCAUCUUCACGGUCCGCGAAUAAUAGUUGGUUUUCGAAUAAUUAUGUGAUUUAUUGCAAUGUUUAUUGCUAUAUCAUAACAAUAUACUUAUGAUAUUUAAAAAAAGUAUUUUUUGUGAUACCGUCGGUUUACUACAACAAUCAAUAAAGUUAAUAAACUUCUUACUAAAUCAACAAUAUAAUUUUAAUUAAAGUUUUAGUGCAAUGUGCAAAUUAAUUUUGUUUAAAAUGUUUUAAAUAGUUUUUAAUGUUUUUAUAUAUUGAUAAAGCAUGAUCAUAAUAUUAUAUAUAUAUUAAUAUCUAAUUUUGUAUUCCUGUCUAUCCAACUAGAAACUUCUCACCGUACAAACUAAAACUAUAACUAUCCUAUACUUAGAAUGGUUUGCAUCCUUAACACCACCUAAAACUAUUAUUUCAUGUAUACUAACACUAUUUCUUAUCUUAGUUUUAUUACCACACUUUACCAUUUGAUAUCGCUGUA